GACAAGUGCAAAGGAGAUUCAGGAAACAUCUCUUGAGGCUUGAGGGACAUCUGGUGUGUCCACUUCUGACCUUGGCUCCAGGUCCUUGAAGGGCACUGAGAGCGCGUUAUCUCCGAGGAUGGGAGGCAGGACCACGUGUCUGCUCCCGGCUCUGCUCCUUCUCAUCAUCCCAGGCUCAUCUGCCAUCUCGGGUCCCAGAGCAGUGAGAGGUGUGGAGCAGGCAUCACUGACCGUGCGGUGUCAAUACGGCCCUGGGUAUGAGUCCUACCCGAAGUGGUGGUGCCGGGGGGCCGCCUGGGGCAGCUGUCGGAUCAUCAUUAAAACCACUGGAUCAGAGAAGGAGGUGAAGAAGGGCCGCGUGUCCAUCAGGGACAACUGGAAAGACCGCUCAUUCACCGUGACCAUGGAGAAGCUCAGGCUAGAUGAUUCAGACACUUACUGGUGUGCGAUUGAGAGAGCUGGACCUGACCUGGGGAACCGAGUACAAGUGACCAUUGACCCAGCACCUACAGAGUUGACCUCCACGCCUGCCACCUCCACGCCUGCCACCUCCAACGCCGACAUGUUAACGGCAGCAGUUGCCCCAGGAGAGAAUAAAGGGCAACUGCCCCUGCUGGGCAGCGUCCACUUCCUGCUCCUGGUCUUCCUGAAGGUGCCCCUGUUCCUGGGCCUGCUGGGUGCCGUCCUCUGGGUCAACAGGCCUUUGAGGAGCUCUGGGGGGAAGCCCCAGGAAAACGAGUAGCCCCCAUGGUCUUCAAUGUUAUCCAGAGAGAAAGAUCCUCAAGGAGAAGAAAAAGGCAUUUUUUCAGGCAAUGAUGGUGGUCAGCGGCACCAUGGUGGUUCUCGAGGCAGUGUGGCCUCCUGCCUCAAGAAUCAGUCCCCUCGUCCCUGGAAACCUGCUGCUGUGAUGCUCGGGCCUGGAUCUAGUUUCACCCUUCCCUGCACAGCCUCUGACCUUCUUCAUCCUGAGGCCUCCAACACAGGAGAAACUAUAGGAAGGAAUGGAAGAGCAGAUGCCUUUCUUCUGGACCCUGUUCCUUGGAGGACAUACAUGAUCUCAAGUCUGUGCCCCACACAACAUAAUGCACUUGUUUUUGCAUUGUAUGCAGGGCAGGGUUUCAGCCAAUCAUGGGUUUGAGAUUCUCUGUGUGUGUGCUGGAUUGUGUCCGACUCUUUGUGACCCCAUGGACUCUAGCCCACGAGGCUCCUGUGUCCAUGGGAUUCUCCAGACAAGAAUACUGCAGUGGGUUGCCAUUUCCUCCUCCAGGGGAUCUUCCCGACCCAGGUGUUGAUCCCGUGCCUCCUGCAUCUCCUGUAUUUGCAGGUGGACCACUGAGCCACCUGGGAAAUUCUAGACCCCAGGAAAACAGAAAAACUAUGCUAAACACUGAUAAUGCACUAACUGCAUGUGAAGAUAUGAAGCUGUAAGUGGGCAGAGGGACUUUGCUGGUGGUCCAGUGGGUAAGAAUCCACCUUGCAAUUCAGGGGCUGUGGGUUCGAUCACUGGUUGGGGAACCAAGACCGUGCAGUGCAACGAAAGAUUCUGCAUGACUCAAGGAAGAUCCCGGGGGCGAUGCAGCCAAAUAAAGUAUUUUCUUAAAAAGUG